UCUCUCUCUGUCUCUCUGUCUCUCUCUCUCUCACUGCGCGCGCUGACUCCACAUAGCCCCGUAGCCCGGUGUCGGUGGCGCACGGCGGUGCUGCUCGCUCAGCUCGGCUGCUUCACACGGACGCACGCGCAAAGGGAGGGGAAAGGAAACAAACAAACCAAAACCAAACCAAACCAAAGCAUGAUGGUCGGCGGUCCGUGCGCGCGCAAGUCGGCUCGCCGCUCGCGCUCCGCGCUGAUCGCCGCGCUCACCGUGCUGCUCAUGCAGACGCUCAUCGUGUGGAACUUCAGCAGCCUGGACUCGGGGGACGCCGGGGAGAACGGCGGAGGAGCUGGAGCUGGAGGUGGCGCUGGAGGUGCUGGAGGCGGAGGCAGGGAGAAGAGAGACCGGCUCGGUGUCAACAAAGCGUACGGCGAGUAUCCGAGAAGCAGGAGGCAGCAGCUCGGGAAGGCGACCCUGCGCCACAAGCGGCAACCGGACGUCUACUACUCACAUCGUCCCAAGGAGAAGGUCCGUGUGGACAGCAACAACGAGAACUCUGUGCCCAAAGACUUCGAGAGCAUCGACAACAGUAACUUCGUGGCGCGUCGCGCCUCCAACAAGCGGCAGCAGGAGACGCCCGAGAAGGCCAAGAGCUCCAAUGAGCUUGUCCACUAUGGCCUGAAUCGCACGGAGGCGGGGCUCCGUCAUGACUCCGCCCUCACGCCGCUCCCUCCACGGCAUCGCCACCAACAGGUCAAGCCAUCGGCCGUUGCCACGCCUGAUAUCAAAUAUGACCAGCCGCCCAAAUGCGAGAUCACAGGCAAGGAGGCGAUCUCGGCUCUGUCGCGCGCUAAAACCAAGGAGUGCAGACAGCAGAUCGCCGAGGUGUACUGUCGACACAAAGACAAGCAGCUCAUGCCUGAGAAAGUCACUCGCUACUGCCCCCUAGAGGGUAAGGCGAGUGUGAACGUGCACUGGGAGGAGGACUCCAUGGAGACGGUGCCGGCUGUACCUGUGCGUAUCGCCUUCGUGCUGGUGGUCCACGGCCGAGCAUCGCGCCAAGUGCAGCGUCUCUUCAAGGCCAUUUACCACACGUCACACUUCUACUACAUCCACGUGGACCAGCGCUCAGACUACCUCCACAGGCAGAUGCUAGCGCUGGCUAAGCGCUACCCGAACGUCCGUGUGACGCCCUGGCGCAUGUCGACCAUCUGGGGCGGAGCCAGUCUUCUCAGCAUGUACCUGCAGAGCAUGAAGGACCUUCUGGCCAUGAGCCACUGGCCCUGGGACUUCUUCAUCAACCUGAGCGCUGCAGACUACCCCAUCAGGACUAAUGAUCAGCUGGUGGCUUUCCUUUCCAAGUACCGCAACAUGAACUUCAUCAAGUCUCAUGGGAGAGAUAACGCUCGAUUCAUCAGAAAACAGGGCCUGGACCGGCUCUUCUUCGAGUGUGACACACACAUGUGGCGUCUGGGGGACAGGAAGAUUCCGGAAGGCAUCGCGGUGGACGGAGGCUCUGAUUGGUUCCUGCUGAACCGCGCCUUCGUGGAGUACAUCAUCAACUCCGAUGACGACCUGGUGACCAGCAUGAAGCGCUUCUACGCUUACACUCUCUUGCCAGCCGAGUCGUUUUUCCACACGGUGCUGGAGAACAGUCCUCACUGCGAGAGCAUGGUGGACAACAACCUGCGUAUCACCAACUGGAACCGGAAACUGGGCUGCAAGUGCCAGUAUAAGCACAUCGUGGACUGGUGUGGCUGCUCGCCCAAUGACUUCAAACCCUCUGACCUGCCCCGCUUUCAGCAAACGGCACGGCCCACGUUCUUUGCGCGCAAGUUUGAGGCCAGCGUGAAUCAGGAGAUCGUGAAUCAGCUGGAUGCCUUCCUGUUUGGAAGCUAUCCUCAAGGCACGCCAGGACUCAAAGCCUACUGGGAGAACAUUUAUGAUGAACCUGAUGGUGUCCACAGCCUGAGUGAUGCCCUGCUCACCCACUACCAUGCGUUCGCCCGCCUCGGCCUGGCACGAGCCGCCAACUCCCUGCAAGGAGACGCCAGCGACAACCGUUGUAGGUACUAUGCUAUGGGGCAUCCUGUGGCUGUCCAUAUCUACUUCCUAUUUGAUGAGUUCCAGGGUUACCUGGUGAAGCAUCACGCCACCAAUCUGGCUACCAGCAAGCUGGAAACUCUGGAGACCUGGGUGAUGCCUAAGAAGUUCUUCAAAUUCACCAACCCACCAAGCAACUUCAACAGACUGCAGUUUGCCGAGAUUGGGACAGACUGGGAUGCUAAGGAGAGAAUCUUCCGCAAUUUUGGUAAUCUCAUGGGGCCUAUGGACGAGCCGGUGGGGAUGCAGAAGUGGGCCAAAGGGUCCAAUGUGACAGUGACGGUGGUGUGGAUUGACCCCACUAACGUGAUCGCAGCCACCUACGACGUCUUGAUCGACUCCACUGCCGAGUUCACACACUACAGGCCUCCGCUGAACACACCACUGCGGCCCGGCAUGUGGACUGUCCGAGUGCUGCACCACUGGAACCCCGUGGCCGAGACACGCUUCCUCGUCACACCGCUUACACACCAUAAACACCUGCCCAUCCGCCAAGACGACGCCUUGAAAGUGCACAACGGCCCAGCCAAGAACAGCUACAUGGAGCAGAGCUUCCACGGGCUGAACCCCAUCCUGAACAUCCCGGUGCAUUUGGGCCAGGUGGAGGAGGCGGAGCAUAAUGCCGGGCUGACGGGUAUGAGGUUGGAGCGCUGGGUGGACAGCCUGGUUGGCGAGGUGUGGGCAGCUGCGGACGUUUGCUCGGCGACGCCCUCUGGCUGUCCCGUCCUGCAGUCGUGCAGAGAUACGGCAUGGAGCUCGCUCAGCCCCGAUCCCAAAUCACAGCUCGGGCCUCCCAAAGCUAACGGCACCAUAAGGUAGCAGGAACGCUACCGCUGCCCUGCAUCUCCUGCUGCAUCGCCAUCGUUGUGCUGUUGAAAUUUUUUGUUAUUUAUUUCUUUUAACAUUGCUCAGACGAAUCUGAGCUGUUCGGGGUGAGACAGCGUACACUGAGGAAUUUUUUUUAACACAGAUCUUUAUGAAGUGCUGUUUUAGACUCACAGUCAUAUGAGUGCAAUUGAGCUUUUUUCUAUUUAUUUAGGUUUGAGAGUUGAAACAACUGUGAUCAAAAUUUUUGUUAAACUUGAUCAAAAAAAAAAAGAAAAUUAAGAUGCCUUUUGCAUGGACUUUGCUGGGGACAUUUGCAAGCACAGAACGGACCUCAACAUAGGUACUGUGACCAAAAGGGAUGCAUUUAGAGUAAGGCUUUUUAAUCUAUGGCAACACAGGUAUCCACACACACACACACACACACACACACACACAUACACACAUUACCCCGCAGUCUCGGUGCAGAUGUAUCCACAAAAUGCUAAACUGCGGCAUUAAAGCCUACAAGAUGGGAGUCUCCAGCUACUCACAGUCAGUAAGGCACUUUGCCCCCAGCCACAGCGGCCCUUUGUGGGCAGGUCUAUAGGAGUGAACGUUGAGUUAAUUGCCAAGUAGAGCUGAGCUGGGCCACACUCCACAUUUCCACAUUUCCACGAGUGCAGGAGCCUAAAGCAGAAUGUGUGUGGGAAGGUUCUUGGAACUGCCAGGCUGUCUGUCUCUCUCUAUCUGUCUCUCUCUACCUGUCUAUCUCUCUCUGUCUCUCUCUCUCUCUCUGUCUCUCUCUCUCUCUCCUGGCUUUUUCGAACUCUUGACUCUACAGCUUGCCGUUGCCUGCAGGCUGCCUGACUUGAAAUGGAAAGUGUCAGCUGUGCUGGCACACAAAGGGAGAAAAAAAUAUAAUAAAAAAUGAUUUUAUUCUUUUUACUUUAUUUUCCCUGAAGCAGAGGAUUUACUGUGUAGGGUAAGGGUACUGAGUUGGCUAUUUAUUCAUGUGUUUAUAUAAAUGAAAUAGCUAUUUUUUUAGUCAAUGACUAAUGUCUAUAUGCUGUUUUUUUGCAGCUCAAUCAAUACCUUUUUGUAAAGACAAGCUGCCUUUAUUUACAAAGGCCAUCGCCCCGACUUGACUAGAUUAAAAUAAACCCGACACGGGAUUAGCGUUAGCAUUAACGUUGCACCCUCCCUGACUAGACCCCACAGCAGACCUAAGCAGCAGACUGAUGAUCUCUUUGCACAAUCUCAAAAAUCACAGAAUCUGCUCAUCUUAUUUCAAUACUGGCCCAAUCCUGGUUGAAGCCACUUUGACGAUGACGUCACAGGUUCCCAUAGUUACUGCGGUCAGUAGCCGUGAUGAGGCCUCCGAACCCUCCGAUGUGGCACGUCAGCCGCACAGACAUCAGUUUUCCAAGGAUGGGGUGUUCACCUCCAUAAUAAUCACAGGGCCGCCCCUGUUUUCUGACUGCUUGGGGUGUAUUUUUAGCAGAGAAGAUUGCAAGCUUGCCGGACUCCACGGUUUUCACUGGACCGAGAUUUUUCCUCCAUUUUUAUACCGCUUUCAUGGUUCCAUAUUAAGCGUGUAAGACUCCGUAUAUAUGUACAAGCGGAGGCUUGGGCGUCUCCUGAAGAGCAGGUCCGGCUGUUCUCCUCUGUAUGCAACCCAGAUCGUUGUCCAGUCCUCUGAGGUCGUGUCCAAUACAAAGUGCAACAUCAGGAUUUCAGUGUUGUUGUGACGGGGUUUGUUUUGUUGAAUUUCCAGUGAAGCACACGUGUCAUUUCGUGAGGUUUUAACGGUAUCAAAGCUUUCCUGCCGACAUCCCGUUCUUAAAUGCUAGUGGUGUUACGACAGUAUUGUAGACAUUGUCACAUUUCUAAUUUAAGACCUUAAGACUUGACAGCAAAUGAAAAUUCAUCCUUUGGAUGUUUUUUUUUUUU